GAGCAUGCGCACUGGCAACCCGCGCUCAGCCUCUGGAGACUAUGCGCAGGCGCGGUGCACUGCGCGCGGGCAUCAGGGUGGUUUUUCGACGCCGGCGGUGGACAAGUAGCAGGCAGCAUGGACCACGGUUGCUGGGCGAUGGGGAGCAUCUGUGGUCAGUUGCCUAAGAGAUGGUGAGAUGGGAAGCUGCACUUGGAAGACCCUGGAGGAUGCCUGACAAGAGGAUGUCUGACCCAUGAUGAAGUUGGAGCUCUUUUUGAAAUGUUUCUUGCCCUUCCUGGAGCAGAGGAGCCAUUAUGUAUGCAGGUACAUCGAAGUCUUUUGACCUCCGUACAGUGAUUAUGCUUGUCAUUGCUGGUGGUAUCCUGGCAGCCUUGCUCCUGCUGAUAGUUGUCGUGCUCUGUCUUUACUUCAAAAUAUACAACGCACUAAAAGCUGCAAAGGACCCUGAGGCUGUGGCUGUAAAAAAUCACAACCCAGACAAGGUGUGGUGGGCCAAGAACAGCCAGGCCAAAACCAUUGCCAUGGAGUCUUGUCCUGCCCUGCAGUGCUGUGAAGGAUGUAGAAUGUAUGCCAGUUUUGAUGCCCUGCCACCUUGCUGUUGUGACAUAAAUGAGGGCCUCUGACUUGGGAAAGGUGGGCACAAAAAUCUUCACGAGCAGUAUUUCUUUCUUAGUAGAUUGUUUUGUUAUUCAAAUCAAGUUCUAGAGUUUUUAUGUGAGAUUAUAUAAUUUACAGUGUUAUUUUAUAUACUUUUGAAUAAAUGUACACUAUUAAAAAUAA